UAUGAAGAACUGAGAGAUAGCAUUGUUAACUCGUGUUAAGACUCUUGGCAUGACGAAUUUCCAUUAACUAGCGGCACAGUGACAGUUACCCCACCUGGUUAAUUCAGUUACGUUGUCAUGCAGUUCUGGCAACUGCGACAUGCCUUUGGCAGAAAACCCCGAGCUUUGGUUUGGAUGGGAGGAGAAGUCCAGCCCCUCUGGCGUCAUUCUACCAUUCCACAGAAGCUUCCCUUUCCAUGUUGCGCUGUAUGGAAACUGCAUGAAAAAGUUUAUCAGCUAUAGGCUGACCUCAGGAAUGCAGGCCAACAACCGCACAGAUGAUGUAGAGGGAGAUCCUGACAGGGUGGAUCCCUUAUACCAACAAGGCAAAGUGGCUUGUGGCAUGUUUCUGGUUCUUCUAAUCUUGUCGUUCUUGGUAAUAGGAAUCGUAACAGGUCUCAACUUCUCCAAGAAACCAAAGAGUGAUGAGACCAGAGGUCUUCUUUACGAUGAAAAUACACCUGUUCCAUUACAGCACAAAGGACCCUGCUUGGAUGGUUGGAUGACCUAUAGUAACAGCUGUUAUUUGUUAGUAAAUGCUUAUGUGACAUGGGAUUUAUCGAUGUCUUUAUGCCGUGAUCUUGGAGCGUACCUGAUGGUUGUAAACAACAAGGAGGAGCUGGAGUUCAUUUCAAGUGUUGUUCAAAUGAGCACAGACUACUGGAUUGGUUUCAAGAGAGAUAAAAUGGUGGAAAAGACCUGGGUAAAUGGAGACGAUAAUCAUUCAACUUCACAUUUCUGGAAUGAAGAUCCUGAUGAUGAGGAGUCAUGCGUCUACUUGGAAGGAACUGACACUGUGCAUUCAAAGCAAUUGCAUGAUCCUGACUGUAAGAAUAAACUGUAUUAUAUUUGUGAACACCAACUAAAGAAAAGUGUGUAGUAGGAAAUCUUGUGACAGUUGAAAUUGUAUGUGUUAUAUUAUGCUCUGUGUCUCCAAUUUUUACAUUCUAGCUAUUAGUAUUAUAGUAAUAUAAUUUGAUAAUAAUAUUUCAUUUAUGGCUAUAUCAGAGUGUUUUAGAAAAUGUAAAUUAUAAAGUAAAGUGAUUACUGUUAUUAUAUUCUUGGUUGUAACAUUGAAAGAAAAUAUGGACAUUUUAAAGCUUGUGCAUGCGUUUCUUGUGGUAUUCAAGUGUUCACGUUCAAAAUAAUAAGGAUAUAGAAAACUUCUUCAUUCAAAACAACAAAUAGAAUUGUUUUCAACAAUUCAACAAUUGUUUUUGAAUAUAACAGAUGUUAGUGCAUGUUAGUACACACUUUUACUGUGGCAAAUGGAGACCUAUAAAUCUGUAUUGCGCAAUUUUUGGGUUCAGUAAAAUGUUGGAAAAUAAUGUUAAUACUCCCUGUCUUGUACAACCAUAAUAUUUCAAGUUCUUUUAAAAUUAUUUGUUGUUUUGUUGGUUGAGUUAACUAAUAUUUUUAUUCAACUUAAAAAUAUUAGUUAACUAAUAUUUUUAAGUUGAAUUAACUCUAAAUUUUAAGGCACCCAGGUAACUUAUUUUUUCUAAGUUGAAUCAACAAAAACAACAAAUAAUUUUUUACAGUAUUGCUUGAGUUAAUGUUCUGUAUUAAAUUUAACAAGAGAACCUAAAUAUUCAGAGGAUAGCCCAGUUGUCAUUUAUCAUAUUAGUUAAUGAAUUAUAUUAAUGAUUUACUAAUUCAAUUAUCAAUGAAAAUGAUCAGAUAUAAGCUAUUCUUUCUUACAGCAGAGUUGGUCUUCAUUACAACCCUUUCUAUUAUUAUUUACUGACUGUACACUUACAACUGCUACUGUCAUCUACUGUAAAUCAUUUCUAAUGAUAACUGACAACUACAAUUUACCGUAUACCUUACUUAUGCCAUUCAUUGUUAUGCUGUUAUUAUGAAUAGCAUUCAAGUGUUUGUAUUUUGUAUGUGUUUAUUUUUUAUAGGCUAUUUAAACAAACUUGUUUAUUAAACGUUGAUACAUUUAAAGUGUUUAUGGGCUAUACAGGAUGUAAACCAAUACAAGCAGAAAUACGAAUGCUCAGAAUAGCAGUAGUAAAUGUGUGUGUUAUAAUUAAAACAGUUACCAAUAGUGAAAAUGAUGUGCAAAUCAAAAUCCCAGAUAAAAAAUGAGGCACUGAGGACCUCUAUAUUGUUGAGGUAAAUAAAGCGCCUGUUACAAUGGAA